ACAACUAAUUGUUGAAUGUGACAACAAAAAAAAAUACUUACGUUCUUGAAUUUCAAGUUGUGAAAGUGCCAGAGGAUGACAGGAAAUUUUAACGUAUAAAAUAAGUUCAAUGAUAAUAAUUUGAGUGUAAUGAUAUAAUUAUUAAUCUACCGUUACGUGUUGUGACUUUUAGUGAGCAGUUAAUUGAUCUCGUAUUGUUAUUGACUCAUCUAUUGUAUAAACACGAACAGUCUUCGCUGAUGGCUCAGCUGGAUUGCUACGAUACAACGUAAAAUGGACGUGAAAGUUUGUCAGGGCGGCGCGGUGCGCUAGAAUGUUGCCGAUCAGAGCCGUGCGCUGGCGACAUGAACCGGUCGGCGCCUCUCGAGUGCGACACGGAUGUGGGCGUGCCCGACUCCGACAAGCUGUUCCGGUUCGUGGUGCAUGGGGUGCUCCUCAACGCGAUUGGUGCCGGCGGCCUCCUAGGCAAUGCGCUCUCAGUGCUAGUACUGUCACGCCCGCAGAUGCGAUCCUCCAUCAACUGCCUACUGGUUGGCCUCGCAGCCUGCGACACCGUGCUCAUAUUUACAUCAAUUCUUCUCUUCGGACUCACAGCUGUGUACCCCUACACGGGAGCUCUGAGAUACUAUUAUUACCACAUAUGUCCUCAUCUAACGCCCUACGCUUAUCCACUAGCAAAUGUGGCCCAAACGAUGUCGGUCUACCUCACACUGAUAGUAACAGUCGAAAGAUGGGUGGCCGUUUGUCAUCCUUUUCGAGCGAAGGCUCUCUGCACUUCGUCCCGAGCGCGUUGGUACGUACUCGGUACUGCAACAUUCGCUUUCGCGUACAAUGCACCCAAGUUCUUCGAGGCAGAAGUAGUAGCCGAGGGCGACCCCGAAGCCGAAGAAAUAAUAUACUGCGUGCGAGCAAAUGUGGACUUCCGCACCGAUAGAUACGUGGCGGUGUACAUACACUGGAUGUACCUAGUGGUCAUGUACAUUGUACCCUUCUCCGCUCUAGCGGCCCUCAACGCUUGUAUCGUCCGACAAGUGCGUCGCGCGCAGGCGGAGCGAGCGCGACUAUCCCGCGUGCAACGCCGUGAACUGGGCCUGGCCACUAUGUUGCUUGUCGUCGUUCUAGUUUUCUUUCUCUGCAAUCUGUUGCCGCUCGUAACCAACGCUUUUGAAGUAUUUCUCGGAGAUGCGUUUGACAAUCUCGAUCCUCUCGUAAAAACGAGCAAUCUCCUCGUGACGAUAAACAGCAGCGUCAACUUUGUGAUCUAUGUAAUUUUCGGAGAAAAGUUCAAGCGUGUAUUUCUCAAGAUUUUUUGUGCGGGGCGAGUCCGGCCGCGAGGGCUGCGGGACUCGCCAGAGCACACGCGGGACGAUUCGUUUGCGUCAUGCGGGGAACGCAUGUCGCUACGGCUGGCGCGCAACGGCACUCUUCGGCGGUCGGAGAUGCGCUCGACGCGUAUGAGCCGGCCUCGACGUGCCGCCUCGCCCGCUCCCACCGUCUACUACCCAGCACCUACGCCCUCCACCGAUAUCUCGCUGGCUUCCACCGAUGCACCGCCUUCCGCAGUACGAUGGAACGGAAAUUCGAGGCUGCACUUCUGACGCCGUGAAUCAUAGAGAUUCUUUGCUCACAUUAAAUGUAUGCGCUUGAAACGAUAAACUACCUCCAAUAGUGUUAAAAAAGUGAAGUGACAACGAAUGUUUCAAAAUUAAAGUGAAUCGUAGUUCAUAAGAAACUUAAAAGACAAUUAUAUUAUGUAUAAUUAUUGCUAUUGUGUUGAGGCGCUAUGAACUAACUGUUAUCAGGUUUUUAAAUUAAUUGACAAGCAAAUAAACUUUAAAAAUAUCCAUUUGAAAACAUUUAUUUACAAACUUAAUGUCUCGAAUAUUAGAAACGACAAAAAGAACAUAGACACUUAAGAAAUUGUAAUAUUUUACCGAAAAAUGUGUAUGUAUGUAUAUAAUAAAAUGUAAAUAAGGCAUUCAAUUAUAUUGAUAAGAUAUGCUGAGAUAUUCAGCAGCGGCCGUGCUCUGAGAGGGCGCCCGUCGCAAUAUUGUAUAGUGUAAAGUAUUUGUGUCAUGUUCAACAUGGUUCUCAGUUAAUUAAAGAUCAUUUAAUGUAUCAUAUCGUUUA